GUUUUAUAAAAUAAUAUGAGAGGGAAGAAAACGGUGGCGGGGGUUGUUGAAGGAAAGCGCCAUCCCACCCUCUCCAACCUCCGACCUUCCUUCCCAUCAAAUCUUGAUCUGCUGCUGCUCAUCGGCUCUCUCUCUGUUUCUCUCUCUGUCUCUUCUUCGAUUCAGUCCAAAGCUCACAUUGAUUUGCUCGCUCCUUCAUCAAAGGAAUCACACCUUGCGAGUCGGCAAAACCCCGGUCGUCGGUUUCGUCUCGCUCUCUCUCUCUCUCGCUUUCUCCUCCCGCUGUUUCGGGCGAGAUUCGUGCAUGGGUUCAGAGAUCAAGGUCUUCACCUUGGCCGAGGUGUCGGAGCACGGCAGCCCCGAGGACUGUUGGCUUGUCAUCGAGGGCAAGAACAGGUGUAUGACGUGACUAAAUUUUUGGAGGACCAUCCUGGUGGUGAUGAAGUGUUGCUGUCCGCCACAGGGAAGGAUGCCACUGAUGAUUUCGUGGAUGUUGGACAUAGUAGCACCGCUAGAGCAAUGAUGGAUGAGUUCUAUGUCGGUGAGAUUGAUACAUCAACUGUUCCCACCAAGACCGAAUACACUCUGCCUAAGCAGCCUCACUACAACCAGGACAAAACUCUCGAGUUCAUCAUAAAGCUUCUUCAAUUUCUAGUCCCUCUCCUAAUAUUGAGUUUGGCUGUCGGCGUCCGUUUCUAUACAAAUUCAACUUAAUGUUUGAGAGCUCUUGAAGGAAGUUGUACUUUAAGAAUAAGUGAUAUUGAUCAUCAUUCCUUCCUUAAAUUUUCCCUUUCUUUGAUGGUCAUGGUUGUGAUUUAAAGUCCUCGAUUCCCUCUCUGCAGGUUCUUUCUAAAGGAUCAGUGUUUCUUGCUUUUGCUGUUGAGUAUUGUAUUGCAAUGAAGAACUGUAUUUUCCUCA